GUGACGGAAUGCGCCUCGUUUCCUCACCGCUUUGCUAACCUUCGAACAAACAUCGACUCGCCCCUCUACACACACUUUUUCUUACACCGUGACCUGUCUUUGGCUCUUCUCAUUGAUUGCCAGGUCAGGUCAGGUCACUCGAGCGAAACGCUGCGACAAACAUGCAAGUGCAGCGCGUCGUUCUUAACUCUCGACCAGGUAACAACGGGGAGCCAACUCCCGAAAACUUCCGCCUGGAACAGAUCGAUUUGACAUCCCACCUGGAAGAUGGACAAGUCCUUGUUCGGACGCUUUACCUCUCAGUCGACCCUUACAUGCGCUGCAGAAUGAAUGAAGACACCGGCGCUGAUUACCUGGCUGCGUGGAAGCUGUCUGAGUGCGUGGACGGUGGCGGAGUGGGCGUGGUCGAGAGCAGCCGCUGCAGCGCUCUGACAGAGGGAGACGUCGUCACCUCAUUCAACUGGCCGUGGCAGACCCGUGCAGUCAUGAUGGGAGGUGGCCUUCAGAAGGUUGAUUCACAGAUGGUUGAUGGCCAUCUUUCCUACUUUUUGGGAGCAGUUGGCAUGACGGGACUCACGGCGCUGUUAGGGGUGAGGGAGAAGGGCCACGUGACCAAAGGGGCCAAUCAGACGAUGGUGGUCAGCGGCGCAGCCGGCGCCUGUGGCUCCCUAGCUGGACAGAUCGGCCGGCUGGAUGGAUGUGCGAAGGUGGUUGGGAUUUGCGGUUCGGACGAGAAGUCCAAAGCUUUGGUGGAAGACCUGGGCUUCUCCGCAGCCAUCAACUAUCGCAGCGGCGACGUCGCGGCACGGCUCAAGGAGGCCUGUCGCGCCGGCGUCGACGUCUACUUCGACAAUGUAGGAGGCGCCAUCAGCGACGCCGUCAUAGAGCAGAUGAACGAGGGAGGACACGUGAUCCUCUGCGGGCAGAUCUCGCAGUACAACAAGGAUGUGCCGUAUCCUCCCCCUCUGAGCGACAAGACGCAAGAAGUCCUGCGAAGUCGGAACAUCAGCCGGGAGAGAUUCAUGGUGCUCAGCUACAUGAGUAAAGCGGAAGCUGCCCUCCUGGAGCUGAGCCAGUUAGUAAAAUCGGCUCAAAUCAAGGUGUUGGAAACGGUGGUGAGCGGUAUAGAAAACAUGGGAGUUGCCUUUUGCUCCAUGAUGAAAGGCGGAAACAUCGGCAAGCAAAUAGUAAAAAUAUCCGACUGAGAAAAGAUUCCAGCGAGAUGGAACUUGUAACGCAGGUCCAUGGUUGUCUUUUAUCACCUGCACGACUGUAACACUAACCUACUGAAUUCUUGACAGUUUGCAACAAGAAAUUCAGUGCGAAAAUAUAUUUACUCGUGUUUUCUGUGUUCUCAAAACAAAAUCCAGUGUAAUUUCUGAGCCUUGGAGUGACCUGGAGCCAGCAAGCAAACGUGGGUCAAAUCGGUGAGAACCCACCAACUGUUAUGACUGUUGAGUUCAGAGUAGAAAAAUGUUUAGAAUGCAUCACAUGAUUUCAAUAAAAACAAAAAAUUAAGCUAACUUUCCAACCUAAUCACAAGUAGAGCUGAAAAAAUAUUGGAAAUUCAAUACAAUUAUUGCAUGUAAAACUGCUAAAAAAUCAACAUUCAUAUGUAUUUACAUGUUAUAGCUAGAGUAGACAUUUUGUGGAAGGCUCAAAGAGCCACUUCUGGCUCCGAUUGGAUCCCUUGAUCUCGAGAAAACUGUGCAAAAAGAAAUAGUGAAAAGCACUAUUUUGGCACUAUUAAACCAAAAUAGUGAUCCUUGUGCUGCGUUAAAAGGUAACUACAAUUUAAAUUCUUUAAAGGCACCGGUCCUAGAUUUUGAUCCAUCAAUUACGUGUCUCUAUCUUAUUGCGAAACUGCAUAGAAACGUUGGGACACAAAAAGCGAUACCGUAAUGCACAUUUCUUUAUUCCACAACACUAUAAACCAAUAAUAAAAUAUAGUUAUCGUGGUUCUAAAUCGAGUUGUCACAAGAAAAAUAUGUGGCAGGUGUAAAAUUACCAUCCAUUCAUUCACAAAGCAUCAGUGCUCCAACACGGGGGAGGGGUUGCGGUAGGAGGUGGCACAAACACCAGCACACAGUCGGUUACAGUAUGUUUCCCCCCCAACUUUGCGUUGAGGCGGUGGAGUCCAUGCCAGCGUUUCCUCGCCGAGUCCGGUCGGCGUGCAUUCCAAACCGGGCACGUUUAUGUUUAUUGUUGGUGGCGAGACACUUUUUGUUUUUGGGGAAGAGUUUAAAAAAAAAAGAA